UAGACUGGCGUACGCAGUCCUUUCAUUUGCCAUUUAAUAUUUAGUUACCUAGUCGUUCAGAAGUGACAAGUUCGGCAUUAUGGUGGUAAAAGUCGUCAUUAUAUUAUUUGGAAUUUCCGCGGUUUUAUGUCGCCAUGUUCAAUUUUAUAGAAAAGAUUACAUUUAUUUUAAACAGUUCGAUGCAUUUUAUACGCUCCAUUUUGAAAAUAGUCUUUUGAAUUGGAAUUCCGCAUUUUAUGGAUGUGAAGAAGAAGGCUCUAAACUGUUUUAUCCUGAAACAGCAGAUGAGUGGAAUGUUGUAAAUGAUCUAAUGCAAGCUAAGAAUCUUUCGGAAAGCGACGUUCCUCAAAUAUACGUUGGAAUUCAGAAUGAAGGCGUUGAAGAGUUUCUUACUGUGGAUGGUAAAACUACUCCUUUUCCAUUAUCAGGCUACAAAGAACACCUAAGUAGACAUUUGUGUUCUACUAUGGAUACACAGACUGGAGAAAUGUCUAUUGAAAACUGUACAAACAACCAUCCUGAAUAUAUCACAGCAUAUGUCUGUAAAAAAGUUGAAGAUGCAUCAUGUCCAACCAUUGACAGUGGAUACAGGUAUAUGAAGGAAAAUAAAAAGUGCUACAAAGUCAAUAAGAACAGUAAAACCUGGCAUGGAGCUCUGAACACCUGUGAGAUGGAAGGUGGCCUUUUGGUUGUAAUUGAAAACAAAAUGGAAGCGAUGUUAUUAAAAACAUUAUUGGAAAAAGAUACUAAAUAUCAUGCUGGUUUUAGAAUGAUUCCUCCGACUACAGAAUACUAUACUUUAAAAGGAUCAAACGUGAAAGAUAGUUUUUGGGAAUGGAGAUCUUACAAUUCUGAAAUUCAUCCGUGUGGUGCUGUUAUCAGUAUCGGAAACGACUAUUUAUAUCACACGGAUCUGAACUGCGAAGACAUGCAACCAUUCGUUUGCGAAAUGGAAGUAGGAAUUUAAAUGUAAUCUUGUACAAUAUAUAAGUAGUAUAAAUGCAAUAACAUUGUAGGUAUACAAUUUUAUUACCUAUUAAUAUAAACUGAAUCUUAUAAUGUUCA